AUGGAAUCUGCUGGUUUGCUGAAUUAUCAAAGGAAUAGUGUCGCAGAUUCGUCCAGCUUGACACCCGUAAAGCCUAGACUCGGGAGAUUUGUGGAUGUUUACUCGCCUGAACAUCUAAAUAUAACACCGCGACCUAAACCGAAGCUCACAUUUACUGAAGCCAGGGAUGAGAGUCCAAAUUUUAUUACCCCUGAGAAAUACAUUGAAGUUGAUUUUAAAUGCAGAACUGCAAAAGCCCAGGAUCGAUACCGGAAUGUGUUCAGCAACUGUUCCUUUGAAGGUAACCAGAGCUUCCCGCGCCUGAGCCGUAAGGUGCGGCCUAUGACGAUGGAGCUGGAGACACCCACCAAAGUUAAACAAACUGUUGAUCUUGUGCGAGUGGAUGGUCCAAAUGGGCUCAGAUUCAACACAUCUCUAGCACCUGAUGUAGCAGGAUCCCCUGCUCCAUCCCAGACUGAGCGGCUUCAACAAACCAUCAACCCUAGCAAGGCUGUCUUUACCAUUGAACCUAAUACUUUGAAGAUUCUCAUAGUGAACAACAAAGCAUGUUCCUUGCUCGGAUAUUCAUCAGGAGACCUAUGUGGACUUCGGUUCUCCGACCUACUCAGAAACAGGAACUGCAAGGCUUUCAGCUUACAUGAACCAGAGGACUGUGACGCUUCUGAAGAUGGAACCGUUGUUUUGCUUAGUGGAAAGGUAGUAGAACUAAUAUCCAAAGACGGUGGGUCAGUGCAAGUGUCUCUGUGGAUAAGACAGCUGGAUAAUGAUGGUCCGUGCUUAGUCGUCGCUGAACCUGUCAACUGUAAGAGUGUUGUGUUAACAGUAGAAGCGGACACGGGUAUAAUCUUGGCGUGUGAAGGAGAGUCAGCGGCCGCGUUGUUCGGGGCGGAGUCGCGGGACAAACUAGUCGGAGUACCACUCGCCUCUCUCAUACCUAAUGCGAGGCUACCAUCUUAUGACGCGCCUAUGCCCAAGAAUAUGGCAAAGCAAAAACUGACAGGUCGAACACUGGAUGGUGGAUGUUUCCCGCUCUGUCUGUGGAUUUCGAAGCCAGACGUCACAGAUAACUCGCUGUGGCCAACUGUAUGUGGUGUCAAAACACAUAGACCUGUGUUUGAAGUCAAUGUUAGAGUCACCUACAAUGUCAGUGGUCUUCUAGUAGUCGACGAGAGUGGUAUAAUAACUGCUUGCAACCAUCACUUCGCUAUGCUGACCUUCGGGAAGCCACACUCUGAAGUUAUUGGCCACCACAUUGAGGAUGUCAUUCAAAACUUCUGCCAGGAAGCUGAUAUUGUUAAGAUGCCAGAACGGAAUAGAAAUAUGACUCUGUCUCCUGUUAAUAAUGAUGAUAAUGGCUCAGCAUCAGACACAGACGAAGAUUCAUGCGGAGCAUUCAACGGCAGUCAGAAGUCAGCUUGCAUGUCCCUCAACGUCCAGCCCUCCAUACUGUCCACGACGCGGGAGAAGUCAUCCAGUGCACUGUGUCUCGACAAGUCCUGCAGCAUGGUCACCCACACGCCCACGCCCACACAAGACAUGGUCUCAAGCAUUAGUACUACUGAACAACGAAACGACAUAUCCGCCCUGCCUGACGUCACUUCAGGGAUGUCAGGAAUAUCUAUAGAUGACGAGAAUUAUUGUCACAGCAGCAUAUCAAAGUCUCGCUCGGAGAAUAUACUGCGGUCUGAGCAGAGCAACCCUGCUAGACCAGUGGCCAAGCCAUCGGAGAAGUCUGACUCGAUAUACUACACUUCGCAGCAUUCGCAAGAAGUGACGCCGACUGGAAACACUCCUAGAGUGAGACUCAACGAUCCGUCUCUGAGAUUAUCAUUCGAUUCUAGCAAAUAUAGGUCUCUAAAAGCGAAUUUACCUGGAAAGGAUGACAAAACAAGUCUUUCUUUAGACUUCUGUGACUCUAAUGAGACUAGUGCGGACUUCCUCACUCCUAUAAACGAGAUGCCGCCCCCUGGUUGUGAGAUUGAAGACUUGCCGAAGCAUAAUGGUAACGAGAGCGUCGAUAGCUUGAGUAAUGAUAACGAUUUGGAGACACAGACUGAAUCUGCUCCGAGGAAAUUGUAUUCAGAAGACGCACCCGAAACUCCCUGCGUAGCGAAGCGCAUGGUGCGUACCCUAGUGAUGACGUCGACCCCGCAACACGUGCGCGCCAAGCCCGACUGCGACUGCGGCGCCGACGGGCCGCGGGACGGGACCUACAGGGGGGUCGUGCUGCAUAAGGACGGCACGCAACUUAACGUGCUGUACACGGUGUCCAGUAUGCAGCUGGGCGGGGCGGGCGCGGGGGGCGCGGCGGGGGCGGGGCCCGGCCCGCGCCUGCGCUGUGUGUGGCUCGGGGUACAGCUCGAAGAUACACGACGACAUACAACCCUCGCUUCCAGCGUCGCCUCUACUGCUGACAACUCUCUAAUACUCGGUAACAAGUCGGCUGGCAGCAGACCUCAGUCAAUGUCGCUAGUGAGCCAGUGCGGGGACGAGCAAGUUUCCGGAGAAUACAACAAACAUUAUGUCACACUCAAGCAGAUUGGUAAAGGAGCAUACGGUUGUGUAAAAAUGGCGUACCGUCGUUCGGACCGUCUGCUGACAGUUGCCAAGUUUAUUCUCAAAGAGAAGGUGGGCGCACAGUUCUGGGUGGACGCUCCCGAUGGACGACGCGUACCGUUGGAACUCAGUCUAUUGCUCACACUCAAACAUCCUAAUAUUGUAAGCGUAAUUGACGUAUUCGAGAACGAAAAAUACUUUCAAAUGGUAAUGGAAAAGCAUGGUGCAGGCAUGGAUCUGUUUGAAUUCAUUGAACGAAGACCAAGACUCGAUGAGCCACUGCUUAGUUAUAUAUUUAGACAGAUAGGACAAGCAGUAGAGUACCUGCACUCCCUUAAUAUCCUACACCGUGACAUCAAAGACGAGAAUGUCAUCAUCGACAACAAGUUCCACGUCAAACUUAUAGAUUUCGGUUCAGCGACGUUCAUGAGCAAAGACACGCUGUUCUCCACCUUCUACGGUACUACAGAAUAUUGCAGCCCUGAAGUUUUAGCGGGAAACAAAUAUGCGGGCCCUGAAUUAGAGAUGUGGUCAAUGGGGAUAACUCUGUAUGUCCUCACAUUCUUUGUUAACCCGUUUUCGGACAUCGAAGACACAAUACAGGGACCGCUAGCGUUCCCACAGGUGGUUUCUGAAGAUUUGGAGCAGCUCCUCCGUUGGAUGCUGUGCAAGGAGCCAGCCAGUCGAUGCAGUAUAUCUCAACUCAUGGCUCACCCUUGGAUCCGGCAACCUGUUGUUAUUGCCAACUAUGUGUUCCAUGAAAUUGUGGACUGUGAUCGGCAUGAGGCGAAUCCUGAAAUGUAUUACAGCGGCAGCCUUGGAUCACCCCGUAGUGGAUCUCCUGUAUCAUUAGCUGAUCCAAUGGUUAAAGAGCGCUCAAAUCCAUCAGAAGUGGCAAUUCGGUCGGACGGCAAGAACUUAUCUCGGGACGAGCCCAAGCGCAACUCACUAGCGCUCCAUGCUCUGUCUACAGCCGACAGAGACGCGCAAUCCGACAACUAUAGUCUACGCUCCUCAGCUGAUAUCCUGGAUAUAUCAUCAAAGCCGGUGUCAGAAGCAGCGCUAACAGACAUUAGCUCGGACGCCACUGGGCACGCCGCCUGCGACAUAGACUACGACUGCGACCAAUACGAGUGUGACAGCUGGGACGAGUGCGAGCAGGACAGCUUCUCUUAA